CACAAUCCUUUACAACCGUCCCCAUUAAGAAUCGGAGAUGAUAGACUUUUGGAAGAGUCACAUUUUAAUUUUUCAGAACCAACAGUUUUAUUUUUUCAUGCUUUUUUCGAGUCGUAUCAAGCCACUCCAGCAACUACUAUAAAAACUGGUAAAACAACCUUACAAGACCCUGAAGAAUUACAAGUGAAUGAUGACAGCCUUCUAAAUAAUUCAAAAAUAAAUUUUUCGAAGCCAACAAGAAUAUUUUGCCAUGGUUUUACCGAAUCUUACACUGCAGAAGUAUCUCAAUCAGUUAUGAAAGCAUACUUGAAAUACGAAGAUUGCAACGUUAUUUUAAUAAAUGCUCAGAUUCCUUUUGCCAGAAACUACCUAGUGGCAGCAAAUAAUGUACUGGGUGUUGGAAAAUAUUCUGCCGAAUUCGUGGACUAUUUAGUUUCCAAAGGAAUGCCUCUAUCAUCCCUGGAACUGAUUGGGAUGAGCCUGGGAAGUCAAACUAUGGGAAUUGUCGGUGCCAGUGUUAAAAGUGGAAGGAUCCCAAAAAUAAUGGCUUAUGAGCCAGCAGGGCCUUUAUUUCAUACUCGUCCGGAAAGUGCAAGGCUGGACAAAAGUGAUGCAGAUUUUGUAAUUGUUAUACACACAAAUUGGGGUUUCAAUGGAUUUUUCUUUCCAUGUGGACAUGUCGAUUUUUGGAUAAACGACUCACCACUUUUCCAACCUGGUUGCUCCUUAUGGGCAUGUGCCUCGAGACGACCAUCGGACAUGAUUAAUGAAUUGUGUAAAAAAAUUUUUUGCAGUCACUUUUUUAGUCACCGUUUAGCCACAUAUGCGAUUAAUAACCAAACCGCUUUCCCAGCUAGAAAAUGUACCAGCUUCACAAGUUACAAAAACGGAUAUUGCGAUAAAAAUGAUUUGCAGUUUGUUGGUGAUCAGGUUUAUUCAAAAACAACCUUACAAGACCCUGAAGAAUUACAAGUAAAUAAUGACAGCCUUCUUAAUAAUUCAAAAAUAAAUUUUUCGAAACCAACAAAAAUAUUUUGCCAUGGUUUUACCGAAUCUUACACUGCAGAAGUAUCUCAAUCAGUUAUGAAAGCAUACUUGAAAUACGAAGAUUGCAACGUUAUUUUAAUAAAUGCUCAGAUUCCUUUUGCCAGAAACUACCUAUUGGCAGCAUAUAAUAUACUGGGUGUUGGAAAAUAUUCUGCCGAAUUCGUGGACUAUUUAGUUUCCAAAGGAAUGCCUCUAUCAUCCCUAGAACUGAUUGGAAUGAGCCUGGGAAGUCAAACUAUGGGAAUUGUUGGUGCUAGUGUUAAAAGUGGAAGAGUCCCAAAAAUAAUGGCUUAUGACCCAGCAGGGCCUUUAUUUCAUAUUCGUCCGGAAAGUGCAAGGCUGGACAAAAGUGAUGCAGAUUUUGUAAUUGUUAUACACACAAAUUGGGGUUUCAAUGGAUUUUUCUUUCCAUGUGGACAUGUCGAUUUUUGGAUAAACGACUCACCACUUUUCCAACCUGGUUGCUCCUUAUGGGCCUGUGCCUCAAGACGACCAACGGACAUAAUUAAUGAAUUGUUUUUUUGCAGUCACUUUUUUAGUCACCGUUUAGCCACAUAUGCGAUUAAUAACCAAACCGCUUUCCUAGCUAGAAAAUGUACCAGCUUCACAAGUUACAAAAACGGAGAUUGCGAUAAAAAUGAUUUGCAGUUUGUUGGUGAUCAGGUUUAUUCAAAAGCAAAUGCAGAUAAUCCCAAACAGCUAAAAAUAAAUGAUGAAGGAUUGUUUAGGAGUUCCAAAAUUGAUUUUAAUAAACCAACCAAAUUUUUUGUCCAUGGGUUUCUUGAAAGUUAUAAGUCCGACGAUGCUCAGCAAACUAAAAAAGCGUACUUGGAUAAGGAAGAUUGCAACAUGAUUUUGGUCGAUGCCAAAGUUCUUUACGCCGGUAUUAAUUACCUAGCAGCAGCAAACAAUGUGCAAGCUGUUGGAAAAUAUGUUGCCACUUUUGUGGACUAUCUGGUUUCAAAGGGAAUGCCAAUUUCUAGUCUGGAACUGAUCGGCAUGAGCUUGGGUGGACAAACUGUUGGGAUUAUUGGAGCCCAUGUAAAGAGUGGAAGAGUGCCAAAAAUUUUGGCUUAUGAUCCAGCCGGUCCGUUGUUUAAUGGUUAUCCAGAAGAUAAAAGAUUGGACAAAUCGGAUGCAGAUUUUGUGAUUGUAAUUCACACGAACUGGCUUCAAAAUGGAUAUUUCUUACCCUGUGGUCACGUCGAUUUUUGGAUAAACAACACUCCACUCAGCCAACCUGGAUGUUCCAUUUCUCAAGUCACUCGUAGAAAACCAGGAAACAUACCAGAAAUAGGUACUCAUUUCUUUAGUUGGAGAACGGGUAAAUUUGCCUUAUACCACCCAACUGCAUUUCCCGCUAGAAAAUGCGACAGCUACAAGAGUUACAAGAAAGGUGCCUGCAACGGAAACGAUUUGCAAUAUGUAGGAGAUAAAGUAAAAGCGACGGCCUCCGGAAACUACUACGCCACUGUUGGAAAGGAAAUUUAUUCUUAAAUAUUAAAUACAUACUUUUACAGUUUUAAACAAUUAAAAUGUUUUUGUAUUAAAAAAACAUACCUAUUUAACCUAAGAAAUACAAUUAUACUUAAGUAACAGUAAUUGUUUAUAGAUUAAAAAUAUACUAAUACUGACUUAAUUGCUAAUUAACCGUCAUUUUUCGUACACCCUGUAUAUAUUAAAUAUAUACAGGGUGUUUCAGAAUAAGAUGCUGAACUUUACCUGACUAUUACCGAUGUACGGGGCG